AUGCGCAACAGCGUGUCUAUCACCUCAUCCUUUUACGAUUUUAUAAAAGACAAGUUGAGAGAAGUCAGACCAAAGAGAGCGAAUUUAGCGCAAAGAAGAUCCAAAUCGAAUUUCUCGACCUCCGAAAGCAUCUUUCUCAGCAUCGAGAUGACUGUUGAUAUUCCAUUGGUCAACGGUACCUCAGAAUGUACCGUGACCGCAUAUUCCAAAGACACCUAUCAGUCGGCUGUGGACUUUUACGCGCAGUUCCUGCAGCUGGAGCAGGAGAGCGCGGCUGGCACAUCGACCUUUCUCCGUAACUCGAACGUCGCGCUGGAAGUUGUUCUGGUUGAAGACUCCAAGAAGCACGCCGCGAGCGAGGAGCGUCUCCAAAAGCUCACCAGCAGCCUCGAGACGGCUGACUGGAGAUCCCUUGUGUCUGACUCCCUAGUCUUCAAGGCUGUCGACGUGGCUCAGUGCAAGGCUAACCUAGAAGAGCAGAAGGCCAGCUACCAGGCCUACCCAACCGACCUGUUCCCUAUGGAGCUCUACGCUGUCGACCCAGUCGGCAACGUUGUCGGUGUCACUAAGACCAAGAAUGCUGUCAGCGCUAUGCCUACUGCCCCCCCUGCUUCUAAGGGGAGCUUCACCUCCACAGCCCCAUCUUCCGCACAGUCGACCAUUGACUUGACAAGCGCAGGUUCCAUGUCGAUCUCGGACUCUUUGACUGCCGAGCCAAAGGGCUCUGAGCAGAAGGCCAUUGCUGUCAUGACCUCCGGUGGUGACGCUCCUGGUAUGAACGCCAACGUUCGUGCCAUUGUGCGUACUGCUAUUUCUAAGGGCUGCCGUGCCUACGUUGUGAUGGAGGGUUACGAAGGUUUGGUGCGUGGUGGCCCUGAGUACAUCAAGCAAUUCAACUGGGAAGACGUCCGUGGCUGGUCUAGCGAGGGUGGUACCAACAUCGGUACUGCUCGUUGCAUGGAAUUCAGAGAGCGUGCGGGGAGACUUCUUGGUGCUUUGCACUUGAUCGAGGCCGGUGUCGACGCAUUGAUCGUAUGUGGCGGUGACGGUUCGCUAACCGGUGCUGACCUCUUCAGAUCCGAGUGGCCAUCUCUGCUCGAGGAACUGAGGGACACAGGCAAGAUCACAUCUGAACAGUACACUAGAUACAAGCACCUGAACAUUUGUGGUACUGUCGGGUCCAUUGACAACGAUAUGUCUACCACCGAUGCCACAAUUGGUGCUUACUCUUCUCUGGACAGAAUCUGCAGAGCCAUUGACUACAUUGAGGCAACCGCUAACUCUCACUCCAGAGCCUUCGUUGUCGAGGUCAUGGGUAGAAACUGUGGUUGGUUGGCUUUGAUGGCCGGUAUUGCCACUACCGCUGACUACAUUCUGAUCCCAGAAAAGCCUGCUUCUUCCAGGGAAUGGCAAGACCAGAUGUGCGACAUUGUCUCGAAGCACAGAUCAAGAGGCAAGAGAACUACCAUUGUUGUUGUUGCUGAAGGUGCCAUUGCCAACGACCUGACUCCAAUUUCUCCUAACGACGUCCACAAGGUCCUUGUUGACAGAUUGGGUCUAGACACUAGAGUUACUACGCUAGGUCACGUCCAGAGAGGUGGUACUGCUGUUGCUUACGACCGUAUUCUGGCCACUCUACAGGGUGUUGAGGCUGUCAAUGCCGUUUUGGAAUCCAGCCCAGACACUCCAUCUCCUCUCAUUGCCAUCAACGAGAACAAAAUCACUCGUAAGUCAUUGGUUGACUCUGUCAGAUUGACCAAGUCUGUUGCAGAGGCUAUUCACGCCAAGGACUUCAAGAAAGCCAUGAGCUUGAGAGACACUGAGUUUGUUGAGCACUUGAACAACUUCAUGGCUGUCAACUCUGCCGACCACAACCCUCCUAAAUUGCCACAAGAGAAGAGACUUAAGAUUGCCAUUGUUAACGUCGGUGCUCCCGCUGGUGGUAUCAACUCCGCUGUCUACUCCAUGGCUACCUACUGUAUGUCUCAAGGUCACAGACCUUACGCUAUCUACAACGGUUGGUCCGGUUUGGCCAGACAUGAGAGUGUCCGUUCCCUAGACUGGAAGUCCAUGCUUGGCUGGCAGAGCCGUGGUGGUUCCGAAAUCGGUACCAACAGAGUUACCCCUGAGGAGGCUGACAUCGGUAUGAUUGCCUACUACUUCCAGAAGUACCAGUUCGAUGGUUUGAUGAUCGUUGGUGGUUUCGAGGCCUUUGUCUCUUUGCACCAGUUGGAAAGAGCAAGAGAAAACUACCCUGCUUUCAGAAUUCCAAUGGUGUUGAUCCCAGCCACUCUGUCCAACAACGUUCCAGGUACUGAGUAUUCCUUGGGUACUGACACCGCCCUUAACGCUUUGAUGGACUACUGUGACGUUAUCAAGCAGUCUGCUGCCUCCACCAGAGGUACUGCAUUCGUUGUUGACGUCCAGGGUGGCAACUCAGGUUUCUUGGCGACAAAUGCUUCUCUAGCUGUUGGCGCCCAGGUUUCCUACGUUCCAGAGGAGGGAAUUUCUUUGGAGCAGCUGUCAGAGGACAUUGAAACUCUACGCGAAAGCUUCGAGACCGCUCAAGGCAGAAACAGAUUCGGUAAGUUGAUCCUCAAGUCGAAGAACGCCUCUAAGGUGUUUACCCCAGAGGUCUUGGCUGAGGUCAUGACUUCUGAGGCUAAGGGUUCAUUCAGCGCCAAAUCUGCAAUCCCAGGUCACGUUCAACAGGGUGGUUUGCCAUCUCCAAUUGACAGAACCAGAGCCACAAGACUGGCUAUCAAGGCUGUUGGUUACAUUGAGCAGCAACAAGAGGUCAUCGCGAAGGCUCGCGCUGACGAUGAGGAGUUUGACCCAGACAACAAGGAGAUUUCUGCCACUGCUGCCGUGCUAGGUAUCAAGGGUUCCCACGUUGUGUUCUCCUCUAUCAGACAAAUCUACGACUUUGAGACUGAGGUCGUCAAGAGGAUGCCAAAGGUCAUCCACUGGGAAAGCACCAGAGCUAUUGCUGACAGCUUGGUGGGUAGAAAGAAGGUGUAA